AUGGCGCCUCAUAAACCUCCUCCUCCUGCGAUAUCACUUCCUCAAGAGAUCUAUGACGAAAUUUUAGAGCACCUUCCGCGUAAAGCCUUGCUUCAAGUAGCUCGAAGUUCUCAAUCUCUUAGAUGGGCGUCCACUCGUAUCCUGUACCGACAGGUGUCCCUUCAUGACACCGAUCGCAUGAUACAGUUCUUUAAUACCCUGAAAGAGAAUAACGAUGCGGCUCACUCUGUCCGAAAGCUCGCUUUGACUAUCCACGAACAAGAGCCUCUCCCGCCGCAAUCCCUCCGUCUCCUUUGUGCAGGGCUCGCUAGAGUUUCGCAGAACGUAACUAAUCUUUGCAUACUGGCAAAAGACCGAGACAUUUUCGCGUCGGUGACCGAACACUUUCCCCGAUUGAAGUACCUGGCGUCCUCUCAACACAUCUCCUCUGGCCUCUUGUCGUUCCUCCGGUCUCAUCCUUCCUUGGUCCAUAUCGAAUUAUACAACCCAGCCGACAGCAUCUUGAUUUAUUUUGCUGGGCCAAUCGCCUUACCGAAUCUCGAGCAUAUCUAUGAUCCGGCUCACUUAGUUGAGGCUGUUGUCCCAAAAGCACCUGUUCGUGCAAUCGGCAUUGCACCAUCCUCAUUUGACCCAUGCGACUACGACAUGGAACGACGUGUAAUCUCGGCAGCCGCCCGCUCUAGUGAGAAGGUCAUAUCGCUCACACUGUGGUAUCCCGUCGUCGUUCGAAACGUCCUCCUGAAAAUAUCAGAGCGGCUCCUCGACCUUGUCGAGUUCAACUUCCACGGCGUGCCGCUCUGGGAAGGCAAUCUCCCAGCUCUGUUCGAAGGUGUCGAGCAGAUCUUGCAAAAAUGCCAUUCGUUGAGGAAGAUAGAAUUGACGGCCGACUACCCUCCAAGACUGAUGCUCGACAGCAUGGAGUACGAACAUGAGCUUCUCACCACAUGGUCCAAGAUACGACCGUCUCGAAGUUGCCUUCCUACCGAGUAA